AAGCAUUAUAUACAUAGAGCGGAGUAUAAAAGCAUUAUCGUCGUAACAGCCAGCGUGCUUGCUUGCUUGAUUGUGACGUACAUGUUCGGCCAGUGACCGAUCAGUUACCGUGUUGUUAAUCAUGAGAAUUGGUGUACUCGUUUUAGCGUUAGUUGUCUUUUUAACCGACUCACACACUGUGUCCCCUCUCGCCUAUGACAGGGAUUAUUUGGACCGAAACGGCUACCCAGAGGACGAUGAGAACGACUACAGAGCCCUGCCGUACUCUCUGGCUACGCGGACCAACGACGAACGGUCCACAAGUGUAGACUCAAGGCGAACGUGGAUCGACUUUGUACGCCACCAUGACAGAACGAAUGGAAAGAAAGAGAAAAAGAAAGGAAGAGAUCGCAGUAGUGUGAAUGGUCCCCCAGGUCCAGCAGGUCCAGUCGGCCCUAGGGGUCCGCCGGGUCCACGUGGUGCAGAGAUUACAAAAGAAGACAUGAUGAUAGAGUUCAAGAAAAUGGUAAAAGAGGCAGCAGAGAAGCGAGCUGAACGAAUCAUUGCAUCGCAGUGUCCCGGAUGCUUGAACCCAGUUGGAACCCAGAAUGGAACACAAGUCAGCGCCCACUACGACUGGGAUGACAUCGAGGUCAUACCACGUAUUCCUGCAGCCUUUCAUUGCAAACUUCAAUCAAAUGUCGACAUUGCUCAGAAAAGUCUCCAAGAGGUUACUAACUUUCAAAUUCCAUUCGCUGGUGGUGCGUUCAAGCGGGGUCAAGGGUUAGAUAUUAAAUCAGGGCGAUUUGUGGCGCCGAGGACGGCGAUAUACCAGUUUUCUGCCAAUAUGCAUAUUUUCCAUCGUGUUCCCAAGAAAAACAAAGAGGGCAGGAAACUACGGAGUCGAGACAAUGUUCGGGUGCUGAUUUGCAUAAACUCUCUCUGCCAUAGGCACACAUCGCUAGAGUUUAUCUCAGGACUGGAGAGCAACAGUCGGGUUUUUACGGUCAACGUAAAUGGGCUUCUGCAAUUAGAGGCUGAACAAUAUGCGUCGGUGUAUAUUGACAACAGCUGCAGCAGAGCAGUUUCGAUACAAAGCGGUUCAGACUUCACAGGAAUCAUGAUCGGUGUCUGAAUCAGCCAACACAUGAGGGCGCUGUUACUCACCUACCUUCCAGUGGACUUGAACCAGUCCGGCGACAAUUUUGUUUGUUUGUUCGCCGCUAAAUAUACUCUUGCACACUCUGAAGAUCAUAUGUUAGUUAUUUGGAGCAGUUAAAUACCAUCCAAAAAAAACCCAGCAGUGUGAAGACAGUAACUGUACUUGUCGAAAUCAUCAUGACAUCAUGUCUGACGUCACCAAUGACUGUUCGUCAUGAAUAUUUAUGUAAAACCUAUUAUUUUCAGGUUGAUAUCGGUAUUAGUAUAGUCAAUCAAAAUAACGUUACCUCGUGAAACGCUCGUCACCCGC